AUGUAACAAAGUUUUACUUAAGAUAAAUUCAAUACUGAUGAUCUUUCUCCCUGGUAGGUUACCAAUCAAAAUUAUUAAGUAAUCUUAAAAGAGAUUUGUUAGUAAUAGCAACAUCUCUAUACUAAUCAAGAUGAAAAGAAUAAAUUUAGAUAAACAAAAUCUAGUUAUGCAAAAAUAAAUUAAAACAACCUCACUACAACAAAUGCUGAAUUUCCAAUAAGAUGUUUAAGAAAUAGAGUCAAAAGCAUCGAUUAAACUUAAAGAUAAGUUCUUUAAGCAACCCCUGUUAAGUAAUAUUGUGAUUUUAGAUUGUCAAAAGAAUUCAUCAUCCAUCGAAAUACAGCAGAUUUUCCUAAGCAUACUUUGCCAAGAAAUUUCUUAUCUUUCUGGAGAUACAAAAAAUAAAAUGACAGAAAAAAGACAUAAAAUCCCUAAGAAAUUAAUCCAUCAUUGCUAUAAUUGCAAAUAUAAAUUAAAAAAAUGGAAUAGAUUGUUUAACAAUAAAAAAAGUACUCUUGGGAAAUAGGAACAAAAAGAACAUCAAAUCCUAAAGUUUACACUUUUUUAAAUACCUUGUAAUGA